ACGAGUUGUCGAUCUUGAGUGACCUACAUCUGAAAAUGGGCUGAAAAAGUAAACACAAGUCACGUUUCAUUGUCAUAUUUUAAAGAAAUAAUUCAAGCGUUCAAAGUCACUGUCACCACUUAGAUUUUAUUGCUCAAAAUGGAAUAUCCACCGUUUUUACUGGGACAAUCAAGAUUUGACCAGACCAAGUUUUCAGGACGUCUGCGACAUUUACUUGAUAUUACAGAUCCAAGAACUCUAUUUACAUCAAAAUCAGAACUGAAAAAGUGUGUAGAUUUAUUAGAUGACUUCAAGAAUGAUCGUCUUCCAGAAGGAGUCACAAAUAAACAGCUAUGGGAGGCUCAAAAAGUGAAACAGAGCAUCAUCCAUCCUGACACUGGGGAAAAAAUCUUGAUGCCAUUCAGAAUGUCAGGUUAUGUACCUUUUGGCACACCAAUUGUUGUUGGAAUGUUAUUACCUAAUCUGACAUUCAACCAGAUGAUAUUCUGGCAGUGGUUGAAUCAAAGUCACAAUGCCUGCUUCAACUAUUCCAACAGAAAUGCUACAAAGCCAACACCUACAAGUAAAUUUGUGAUGGGUUAUUUAGGGGCAGUAACUAGUGCAAUCUCCAUAGCAGUUGGUUUAAGUAAACUGAUUAAAAAGGCAAACAGGUUUAGCCCAGCAACUAAAAUGUUCAUACAAAAAUUUGUACCAUUUCCUGCAGUGGCAUCUGCCAACAUAUGUAAUGUCUUGUUGAUGAGAAACAAUGAGCUAACAGAAGGUAUUGAAGUUAUGGACAAAAAUAACAAUGUUGUCGGAACAUCAAAAAUAGCUGCUAAAAAGGCCGUGUUGUCUACUGCAGGUACUCGUGUUGUUCUGCCAGCACCUAUACUAAUAAUUCCACCAGUUAUUAUGUCAAUCUUAGAAAAGACAAAGUUUUUACAGAGGAAUCCUCGAUACCAUAUAGUAUUUAAUGCAAUGGCAUGUACACUGUCAUUUGGUUUAGCCUUGCCAGCGACCAUAGCCUUGUUUCCACAAUAUGCCUCUGUAAGUUAUUAUUAUUUUAGGUUUCUUUUUAUCUUAUUUUGUUAAAGGCACAUUAUGCCU